AUGGAUUCCACCCAGACGGGCAGGAAGCGCAAAAGCAGCUGCGUCUCAAAUUCACCAAACGACCUCCCUGUCUCCCAUCGCACAAGACACAGCGUCGCCUUGUCUUCUGACCAAGCCCUUGCGGUCAGCACACCACAAAAGCGAAGAAAGAAAGUCCGCUUUUCUGACCCUGGCCCUCGAGUACACGAUGCCGAGUUCGGAUCGACCGGCUUGACUCCGGCAAUGCGCCGCUCCUCGUUUGCAGAUGCUGUCUCGGCGCGUAGAGGAGACUGCACGCCUAGCCGGCGCGGACGACGCACGUCAUCGGCUCCGACACCGCGCUUCCAGCGGUCGUUUGACCCUAUUGCACCGUUUGAUGAAUCAUGCUCCGAAAGGCGCAUGCAGUUUACGCCGCUGCGCCAAAUCCUGGAUGGGAGAACGCAGCGCCGCAUUCGCCGUAUCGGGCUCAGUGAUGAAAUUACUCAUAUCGAGCGUGAGAAGCGGGAGACGGCUAGUUUUGAGAAGACCCUAAGGGCCUUGAUGCAGGAGCGAGAUGCUCUUAGGAUGGAGAUGGAUGCUCUGAAGCAGAGUCGAUCUGAUGGUCACUUCUCUUCAUCAGAGUUUACCAUGCUCUCAGAGUCAGAAAUCGAGGCCGGUCGGCAUCUAGACGGCCCUGAUCCCUCUGUCAAUGAUGAUGGAGAUACCUUCAUCAUCAAUGACAGUGCCAUCGUGUCCAACUCGCCUGACUUCCGUGGCAUCCGCAAUGGUCUUCCGCCGGUGACGGAUAGUCUCAUGCUAUUCGAGACCCAGCCGUCGAAUGUGAAUGCCUCUACACAAGCGCAGAACGUGAACUCUACUGAAACAUCCGAACUGCACGCCCUAUCUCUCGACUUGGAGGCAGCUCGGAACGAAAAGAAAGAACUCUUUAACGCUUGCCGCUCGCGUGUUUCCGGCCUAGACGAUCCAUCCAUCAGUGAAAUGUUCCGCCGAUCCUCUCCUCCACCGGAUUUCUUUGACCAAGUCCUCAACGUCUUGACGGUGGCUCUUUCACGCGCCUCCGAUGCUGCACAGACACUGGAAAGUAUCAGCCAAGAAUUCUCCGAUCUGGGCUUUACCGCUACCAAUGCCAACGACGGGAUCUCGGACUUGCGAAACCACUUCCGUUCCGCGCGUCUUGAACUCGAACGUGCCAUACCCGGAGAGACGGCCUGCGUGGGCCUGAAAGAUGGUAAGGCGACUCUGAAGGCGCUCGUGGGGCGCGUGGAGUCCCUUGCAAAAGAUCUAGGAAUCGAACGGGAUUACCAUAGCGGGUCUCUGGGCCGCGAAAAAGCACUACGAGGACAGUUCAACGCUCUCCUCGCACGAUACGAAACUGCCGCAAACAAAAUAGACAAGCUCGAGGAAUCGAUUGCCUCAUCUGCCGGUGACAUGCUGCACACCCGAAUGCGGAUGCAGGACCUCGAGUGCGAAGGCCAUGAACAGGCCGUUGGGAUUGACAGGUUAAAUGCAGCACUCGACAAGUAUCGUGAUGAUGUGAAAAGUCUGGAAGAGCUUGUCAGCAGCCUGGAGCAAGAGAACCUGACCGCUAGGGAGGACUACGCGCAACAAAUAUCAGACCUUGAAAGCCAGGUGGCUGAUGAGCAGAAGCUACGUUCAGCCGCGGAGAUCUCUGCUUCGGAGUCUGAAAGUCGCAUCCGAGAACUGGAAGAGACCGUCGAGCAGAAUCAGAUCCGUGCUUGUGACCUGACGGCGCAGAUGGAGUCACUUGAGAAAGAGCACCAGAAAGCACUUGAGAGCCUUGAAGCCAAAACCAACGACCAGGUUCAGCGCCAGGAGGAAGAUAUUGGCACCCUCAAUGUCCGCAUCUCAGAUCUAUCCACUUCUCUUGAGGAUACGCGGUCUGAAGCUCAGCGCCUUCGCCAGGUCAACGCUGGUCUGGAGGAACAGCUACGACUUGAGAUCGAAGCUCGGGAUGACAUGCUACAUAAAUGGGCAGCAGAUCAAGCGCGCUCAUUUGCCUUUAUGAAAGAUACCGUCAAAUCCGAGCGUCGGCGCUCCAAAGUCCGCGCCGCAAACUGGGAGCUGCGAUCGGAUGAUCUCAUGUCCGAUGGAACCACGGUGAACGGUAGUGAGCCCAUCACUCCGGUGAGCAUGACCAGGUUUGUUGAUGUCGAGGUGGGAAGAGGCAAGAACCGGAGGCGAAUUGACAGUGGUAUUGGCAUUCUCACAGAAGAGGACCUCUUGGAGGACGAGGACAUGUCUAGCCUGCGGCGAGGUCUGGAUUCUGAUGGUAUCGAGCUACCCACUUCGGAUUUGGUCGAGUUGUAA